AUGUUUCAAAGUUUCCGUGAGCCGAUCGGAGAACCACUGCUAGAAUGGUCUCAAUCAAUACCAAAUGAUGGCCUUAUCCAUUUACAUCUUUCUGUCGGGUCGCACGCACUACUGCUUACAGACCCAGAAUCCUUAGCCGAUGUGCUAAUACAUCACGCCUACGAUUAUGAGAAGCCAGGGUUCUUGCGACGCCACCUACGCCACGCCCUCGGAGAAGGACUAGUUGUCGAGAGAGGAGAAGCACAUAAAAAGAAGCGAAAGCUUCUUAUGCCGGCCUUCCAACAACAACGUCUCUAUAACAUGAACCCAAUUAUCCUAUCAACAGCAGACUUACUCGUGAAACAGCUAAGAGCAACUAUUCCUAGCAUCGUUUCAUCUGAGCUACACUCUAAGAAUAUGGUUGAUAUCAAACCCUGGAUGUCGCGUGCUGCUCUGGACAUAGCGGGCCAUUUUAUCUUAAGCCACGAUUUUCGAACUAUAUAUGAAAAUCGGGCAUUCUACAACGCUUGGCACGUUAUUGAAAAAGGAAGCACCUUAUCUCAGCUCAUAUGGCAGGGAUUCUCUCCAGAAUUGAUAAAGAGAUUAUGUCCGACAUCGCAGGACAAACAGAUUGCCUCCGCUGGGAUUUAUAUUCGUGAUACUGUAUCUAGGAUCGUGGAUGAGAGGCUUGAACAGUAUAAGCGAUUGGACAAGCUUCCCGGGGACGUUCUUAGCCAAAUGAUAACUACAGGUGAAUUUACCAGGGAGGAAUGCAUAGAGCAGGCUGUCUUUGGAAUAGGUGCUGCGUUCGAUACGACUGCGAAUAUCCUGUCGUGGGCACUGUAUCAUAUUGCAAAACACCCACAGCUCCAAGCCACUCUUAGAGCGGAAGUAAAACGUGGCUACGAAAUGAAUGUCCCAUCUGAAGACAUUCAUCGAAGUAUGUCUUUAUUGACCGCUGUCAUACUAGAAGCCAGCCGACUACACCCUCCCAUCCCGGUUACAGUGCGCAAAGCUGUUCGAGACUCGAGUAUAAAAAAUCAGUUUGUGCCUGCAGGGACAUGCAUUAUCAUUUCACCUUAUGUGGCUAACCGGUCUUCCAAGCUAUGGGGAAUUGAGGCUGAACAGUUCUCUCCUGAGCGAUGGUUAAGUGGUCGUAUCAGGGAUGGGCCAUCGGACAAUAUAGAGUCGCCAAGCUCUCCGUACGCAUAUCUUACCUUUCUACAUGGACCUCGGAGCUGUCCUGGGCGGUCGCUAGCUAUGAUGGAAAUGUGUAUAAUUAUCUCAUCUAUUGUUACAGUAUUCAAGCUUACGGCCCAGCAAGAAAACGAGCCUGAAACAAGAGGGUUUUUGUCGGCUUCCCCCAAGGACGGCAUUCACAUAGGGCUGUCCAAGCUAAAUGAAGAUAUACAUAUUUGA